CUUCUCUGAACUGCACAGACAAAUUUCGAGUACCAUUGAUCAGUCUAAAAAUACUAUUCCGACAAACAAGUCACAAAUACUAUUUGCGUGCAAUUCUCUUUUUGUACUGCCCACUAACAGUGUUCGUUAUGUGCUGCUAUUUUUAACAAAUAAAAUAAAAGAACAUAUAAUUAAAAUAAAAUAAAAAAAAUGUAAUAAAAGUGUGCUAAUUAAGUAGACAUGUAAAAACUAAAAUAAAGAAGAAAACUCUAUCAAAACCCUAAGAUAUCGAUGACGAAUAGAUUGCAAUAAUUUGAAAAGUAGAGAAUGCCACCAAAACGUGUACCACCACAGGUGCCAAAGAAGCCAAAUCCCAGUCUCACCUAUGAGGUGUUAAUCUAUUUGAAUUCCUUCUAUUUUGGCAUGUUUUUCGGCUGUGAACUUGCUAUGAGUCUCCUUAAGGCAAUUAAUCUGACGUAUCCGAUGGAUAUAUUGAUUAGAGACAUGUGUGUUAUAUUUGGAUUCUGUCUGUUGGAAACGAUACGCAUUAUAUUGGGUCGCAAGGGCACUCUAGCCGAGCGAGGUUGGCCUGCAAUUCUGUCAGUUUUUCUAACUGUACCGUGCUUUCUUGGUGUAACCUAUAUAUUACUUUUACAAAAAUAUAAAAUACGUUUAGAAUAUGUACUUUGUACUUUACAAUUGGGUCUAUAUCUCACCGAAAUUUGGUAUGCCAUAUACUUUGUUUUUUCACUAUGUCGUCCAGUAACUUAUGAUUAGGACUAAAAAAACCAAAACAUAAAAAAAUAAGUAAAUAAAUUAUAUAUAAAAUAAUUAAAUGAAAACGAAUUGAAAAACAAAAACAUAAUAAGUAUAUUCGUAAUACAAAAACAUGUAUGUAACUUUAUAUAAAGAAAAACCAACAACUCGUAAAUUAAAUUAAAAAAAAAAAAUAAAUAAAAUCUAAGUGUAAAAGGACCCCUCUGUUAUUUAUAAACGUUUAGAAAAUCGUAGAAAAUUUACAAAAUUAAAAAACAAACAAAAAUUAAGAAAACUGUUAUACAAAAAAGAAUAAUAAAUGUGAAAUUUCUUAAAAAAUGUAUGUAAAACUGAUAAAAAUUUAAAAAAAAAAAUAAAAAAAAACAAAAAAAUUAUAAUAAUGUUAACAAUACAAAAUCAAUUGGAACCAAUAUAAGACAACAAAUAAAUAUUUAUAUUAAUAAAUUAUUAUUAAUUAUUGUAAUUAAUAUUAUUUUUAAUUUUGUCAAAACAUAAAAACCAAAUCUUUAAGACAAUUUUUCUGUAAAAACGUGUGGUUUAUUCACAAAAUAAAUUUCACAACCACAAAUAAUAAUAAUAAAAACACAAUAUGAAAUAAAGAACAAAAAGAACUGCAUAUUUUGGAUUUGUUUAUUUUAAAAAAAAUAUAUAUAUAUAUUUAAAAUUUAAGAAUUUGUAAUUAUACUUACAAGAAAAACAAAAUAAAUAAAAACACAGUGUCUUUAAACCAAAAUAAAAACCAAUUAAAAACAAA